AUGAAAAGCAAACAUGUGAAGAACCUAGAAGAUCAAAAUAAAGCACUGAAGGAAAAGCUGAAGAUCCUGAAAAAGAAGGAGGACUAUGCCGGGGGCGUGGACGCCUUGGUGAGGGAGAAAGAUGACCAGCUGCGGAAGCAGCUUGAAAAAUUGAAAGAGGAUGAGGAACAACUGAAGCUUGAGUAUAAGGACCUCAGUAAUAUAGUGGACAAAGCCAAAAACAGUUUUGAAGAGGAACUUGAUAAGGGUGAAGAAUUAAAGAAAGAAAUUGCUGAGACUAAAAUGGAGGUAGAUGAAAGCACACUGAAACUGGUAGAACAUGUUCUGGAGCUGGAGGACCUGACAAGAAAGCUGCAGUUCCUCACGGCUGGAUUUGAUGAGGAGAUCAAGCAGCUGAAGUCGAUGGUCAGGAAUGAGACGGUGAUCCUUAGCGGAUCCGACAUACCGCCCCUGAAGAUGGACAAUGACAUCAAGGGAAUUGAAGCCCAGUAUACCAAUUUGGCCAAAUAUGCUAAGGAAGAAGUGGAGAAAUGGGACCCCAAAAAAAUGGAUGACUUGGCACAAAGGGCAGGAGAGAAGGAGCAGGAAGUGCGUGACAUAAAGAGAGAGAUCGCUGACAUCUUACGUAAAAUCCAGAGGGCUAAGGCCGACUUGGAAGCUUUGAAAAGAAAGGAAGAGUCAGUGAGAAAGGAAAUGAUGGAUGUUUUAAAAGAGGGUGAUGACAACAUAGACGAAGCCCAAAAAACCAUCAAGCAGCAAGAAGAAGCCUUGAGGGAACAUAAACAGCAGCUGGCUAAGCUGAUCUGCCAAUACCAGGAGCUGCUGAACCUCAAACUGGCCCUCGACAUCGAAAUCGCCGCCUAUGGCAAUUUGCUGAACGGCGAAGAAGAGAGAAUGCAAAAACUUUCAGACGUUCAAAAGCCAGAGAGGAAACACCUCCAGAAGAAGCCAAACCUUCAAGAAAAGACCCCAGGUGGGGAAUCCACCUUUGCUCCAAUGCCCGACAGAAUAUUUGUCCCCAUAGGCACGUGGGAAGCCCCCGCAUCAUACCCACCUGCCGCUCAAUCCAAGAAGCGCCUGCUAAUCCGGCUGGAGGUGGAAUCUGGAAGAGUUGUCUCCGAAACCACUCAGUUUACCGAUUGAUUGUUCGUCACCUCCUCCAGCAUUACAACACAUCAGCAAAAUGUGAAUUAUUUUUUUUUAUUAUGAUUAAUUUGAUUACUUUAUCCUCAACCUGAUAAAAUUAAGAAGUAAUUAUCUCUGUUGUGUCCUUCCUGGUAGAGUGAACGUCUUGGUGCAGCUUGAUGGCAGGUUGCAUGUUCUCCCUUAAUCUGUUUUCCAAUUGUUUUACAUCAAGUUGUGUUUUUUGGAAAAGUUUUCUCAACUUUACUGGGAUGUGUAAUGCCUUUGGUGGGGCGGCGGCGUUUUGUUAAAAUCUUCUAUAUAAUUUCCUGCAGAAACGGAUAGUUUUUGCAAUGCUGCAAGGUUAAAAUCUUCUGUUGGCUCAUUCGCAAGUGUCUGUUUUCAUCUUUUUGUUUGACUUAAAAACUUCUAAAGAUAUCCCAAGUUUUCAGAUUUCUGAGAUUUGUGCUGAUAAAUAAAGCUUUA